AUGGCUCCUAACGAAGCCGCUAACGUCACCACCCCGUCCGAGCCGGAGAGCGUGGGCGGCAGUGAGAUGAGCAGCGAAGACACGGCUGCCGCCAGGCCGCUCCUCUCGUCGUCCUCCCCCUCCCCCUCCCCCUCCGCGGCUUCCGCAGCCCCGGUGCUGGAGAGCAUAGAGGAGCUGGACCGGAGGUACGCGCCGUACGCGCGGCGGGACGCGUACGGGCCGAUGGGGCUCGGCCCCGUGAGCGCGGCGGAGGCGGCGCGGCUGGCGUUUGCCGCGGUCGUGCUGGUCCCGCUCCGCGUCGUGGCAGGCGUGCUCGUACUCGUGGUCUACUACCUCGUGUGCCGCGUGUGCACGCUGCGGGUGGAGGAGGAGCGGGAGGGCGGCGAAGGGGAGGGGUACGCGCGGCUGGACGGGUGGAGGCGGGCGGGGGUUGUGCGGUGCGGCCGCGCACUCGCUCGCGCCAUGUUGUUCGUCUUCGGAUUCUACUGGAUCCGAGAGUACGACUGCCGCUUCCCCAAUGCAGAGGAUGACGAUGUGGACCAGUCUAAAGAAAUCCUAAGGCCUGGGGCAAUUGUGUCUAAUCAUGUAUCUUAUGUGGAUAUUCUUUAUCACAUGUCAGCCUCUUUUCCUAGUUUUGUUGCAAAGAGAUCAGUGGCCAGAUUGCCUCUAGUUGGUCUCAUAAGCAAAUGUCUUGGAUGCAUUUUUGUUCAGCGGGAGUCGAAAACAUCAGAUUUCAAAGGUGUUUCAGGUGCUGUAACCGAAAGAAUCCAGCGUGCUCAUCAACAGAAAAAUGCACCAACGAUGUUACUCUUCCCUGAGGGCACAACUACAAAUGGGGAUUAUCUCCUUCCAUUCAAAACAGGUGCUUUUCUUGCAAAGGCACCAGUUCAACCAGUCAUUUUGAGAUAUCCUUACAAAAGAUUUAAUCCAGCAUGGGAGUCCAUGUCAGGGGCACGUCAUGUAUUUCUGCUCCUCUGUCAAUUUGUAAAUUAUCUAGAGGUGGUCCACUUACCUGUUUACUAUCCUUCUGAGCAAGAAAAGGAUGAUCCUAAGCUCUAUGCAAAUAAUGUACGGAAAUUGAUGGCAGUGGAGGGAAACUUGAUUCUUUCAGACCUUGGGCUGGCGGAGAAGCGAGUGUACCAUGCUGCACUGAAUGGUAAUAGUCUACCUCGUGCUUUACAUCAGAAAGAUGAUUGA